AUGCGCAACGCUCAGGAGAAAGUGCCUGCAGAAUCGGCGAACAACUCGAAUCUCACUUCGUCAAACGCACCGGAGGCUACCAAGUAUACUUUUGUAGAUCAGACUGGAGAUCUCUUUGCGUUGACCCACCGAAGAAUCAGCAAUCGACAGCAGCGCCAUGUUAUUCGGUCACAUGUUAUGCAACGUGUCCGCCAUCUGGAGCUUGCGCAAGGAAAUAAGAGAACACCAGGCCGAGACACCCCAAGAAGAUCCAGCUCAGACAAAUCGCAAAAGGGAUCUAAUGUGUCUGACUCUCCUAUAAAGGAUGAGCCAGUGACUCCAACAAUACCAGGCGUGGUGAGAAUACAACCCAAGCAGAACAGCACGGCUCUCCUUCCACUGGAUUCCGUGAGAACGUCUGCCACAGGGAGAUCCCGCCCAGGCAUAUCACUGAGUCCUUCCCCGUCGUCCAACCAUGAAUUCGACCCCUUCCAUACCCUGCCGAGCAGCAAUGUGCCACACCAGUCCUCCGAAAGCUUGUUGGGUUAUUGUUUUGACAUCAUGCUGCCGCUGACGUUUGCUGUUGAAUACAAGAGGCCCAGUGAGCGUCUUGCCCGACAGGCCAUGGUUCUGCAUAGCAAGAUGAACAGUCCAGCGACCUUCUUGGGAUUCAUGGCCACUGUUGCAGCACACCGGGCCAUACUAUACGGUCGCCACGAAGACCUCAGCCCCUCUCCUCAGAAUCAUGACGAGCUCAUCACAGAUCCCGACUACAAGAAGGUCAAGCACGAGGCCAUCGUUGCCGUACGAAGAAGCAUCGACAGACAAGAGCCUCCCAGCCAAUAUAUGGUCGACGCGUGCUUCGGGUUAAUAUCUACAGCCGCGGUCGUAGGUAAUUUUGAGGAAGCAACGAUCCAUUUGAGAGGCAUCGCCGACAUCAUGUCCCGGGUCGGCGCCUCACCAGAGUCGAUGCUGUGGCUUCCCAUCACCAAUGUCAAAAUAUCUGUCGCGAUGCUGUCCAAGCCUAUCUUGCAACUUCCCUGGCAACGAGAACCAAUUCCCGCAGAUAUACAGCAACGUAUAGCGCCGGAACCUGAUAGUGAGAUGGCGAGGAUGGGCCUGAAGUUUCAACAACUGGAAGAGCUUAGUGACUCGCUUCAAGCCUUGCUCCUCACCGGCAGGGACAUCUGCAAUCUUUGCCAGAUAAAUGCGGAAAAUUCUAGGGGGCUCUCACCAUGGGAGAACGCCAUUUUGCGUCAGAAAGCCACAGAAUUCGAGUUUGAUCUUGUGGCCUAUCCAUAUGAAUCACCUGCGUUCCCUCGCGAGAGGAAUGGUGAACCCUUGAUACCACCUCUGGAAAGGGUGGUUCGGCUUGCUGCCCUCGGCCUCAUGCAGUUUGCACCACACACAAUCUUGCCGGCAACCGGCGUUGGCCGUGCUCUGACGCAGCAUCAGAAGCGAGCAACAGAAGCCUGGCUUUACGCAAAGCAGGGCCAGUGUGAAGUCACAGAGUUGCGAGCCAUUACAUGGUCGCUGUUUGUGUUUGUCCAACGCGCAACGAAGCAACCCGAGGCGGAGUACUUUAUGAAUCUGCUUGAUCUCAUAUCCGCUAACUUAUUGCCACUCACUUGGCCGGAAGUUGAGAAGAUGUUGAAUGGCUUCCUUUAUAUACCGAUGUUACAUGCCGCCGUCUGGCAGGGCAUCUGGUUAGAGGUCACUGUACGCUCCAGGGCGAUGAACAGAUCUCCCUUGAACAUUGAUCGGAGAGGUGAGAUGCAGCAACAUUUACAACAUCAGCUUUGA